AUGCUGAGUGUGAAUCUGUCGGAAGAUUUGUCCAAUGCCAUGAUCCAAUUCACGGACUUCAAACCUUCCAUUGUGAUCGUUUCCUCGAUCGAAAAGUACUUCCACGACAAGCAGUUCAAGGAGGAAUAUGGCUAUUGGUCCAAGGGGUAUGGAGCCGCUCUGCACGGCAUUCUGUCGGUCAUUGGAGGCGUGUGCAUUCCGCUCAUGAUGUAUCCGCGAGCUUUGUCAUGUCUUUCGCUCCUAGUCAUGCAGCUAUUUCGCUGGAUGAUUUCCAAUUCGUGGAACCCGAUUUAUUACUACGUGUUGAGUCAUUUGGAGAGACUUGUUCAUUACGCGAUGAUUAUCCACAGAAAGCCUCUCUGGGUGAUUCUUCCAGAGUGCAUUGUUGCUGAUAUGGUCAAAGCGCUUCUUGCCACCGACGAGCAAUUUCAGCAACGCGUGGUAACGAGUCUUUUCAAUUCGUCGCUCACGACAUCGGAGUGGUACAGCAAUGUAUCGAGUUUUGUGCUUCCAGUGUACAUCAAUCUGAGCGAUAUUCCGUCGAUUGUGAAUCUCUCGCGAGCGAUCAAUCAUCUCGAUUCUGUUUCUUCCACGAUUAACUCAUUGCUCAAAGGCGAUGUGUGCAUUUACAACAUCCUCGUGUAUCUACUGAAGCAUUUGGGCCAGGAGUCAACCCAAGCGUGGACUCUUCUAUUCUUUCUCCAAGGAUCGUUUGAUGAUGAAAAGAUCAAAACGGGAUCGAUUCAGUUGCCAGAAUCGUCGCGAUUGAGCAUCAUUCAAUUGAUUCAGCAGGAGGGACAUCAGAUUUUAUGGCCUCUGCUGUAUGACUGCACAGAUCUGAUUCCCCAUGAGAAACAAAUGAGCGAAGCUGCGUUGAAGUCGCUCUACGAAUUGUAUGAAUCGGACGGCGUUCAUUCGCGAAUCGAACUGUUCAAAAAGUCCUUCUUCUACUUCAACUUUCAAAUCAACCAAGCUCUCAGCUUCAACGAUCUCGAAUUGAAGCGAGCGAUUCUCGCGCUGCGAUCGGCUCUCCGCAGUUUCCAAGAAGUCAAUCAAAACCCGUCGAUCACUCUCCCGGACAACUUUCUCUGGGGCGUUUUAUCGUUCAUUAAGAGCAUUCUCCAGAAGCCCGAAAUGCAGCUCUUCGCUUUUAUUCUCCUCGAUUCGUUCCUUGACACUCUUUCGGAGAGUAUGCUGUUUCGAAACAUUUCAGAGAUUCUGGUCUGUGCGGCCGCUUCGUUUGAGCAGGUCCGUAAAUGGCUGAGACGGAGAAAGCAACACCGAAUGUGCUUCUAUUCCAGCAACCUCAAGGAAAUGAAACGCGAGGCCGUGAGCAAGGAGCAAGAGAAGAACGCAAAGCAGCGAGGUCGAACGAUCGACAGUUAUUUCUCGCAGAGCGCAGAAUCGCAGAGUACGGAAGAAGAGAAGGCGGUUUCUGGAGAGAAAACGUUUGAUAUGUGCUGCUCGUGCCAAGUGCGAUCAUUUGAUACACACCACGAUCUGCUGUUCAGUUUUCAAUCAAGCGGGUAUGAUCUAACAAACAUCGACGAAGCCUCGUAUUUGUACUACACAACGUCCUGUCUCGCUGACACAUUUCGCAAGAUUUCGAAGCGCUAUCCCAAGCAGUUCACUGAAUUAUUCGCUACGCGUCCUUAUUUGCUGCUUCUUCAAUUCGGCGAUCGCUCGCUUGCAGAAAUCUUCGGUUUAUCGACGCCUUCCUUUUCCAGAACCGACGAAGACAUUCUCAGAAUCUUGCAGAUCACAUCGAACAUUCCAGAACGGUCUCUCGAAGUGAUUCCCGCACUCGGCUUCAUCGUUCGCAUCCUCCAAACAUCCCAGAAGGCGUUCCAGCAGUGGGUUUCGACUCGAUCUGACACUGCGGACAUUCUCCAGCGCUUCUUUUUGUUUUGCAUUCGACUCUGCUCGGUGCUUGUGGAGUGUGAUAAUAAACACGGACAGCUCCUUAUAGGAGAAGUGAUUGGAUUGCUGGGCGCGAUUGCCCCCGAACGAUUUGAGCAGAAAGUGAUGGACACGACGAUUCAGCCGUUGCUGACGGAUUUCGACUUGGCGCGCUAUAUGAUCAAGCGGUACUUUGUGAAGGAUUUGAAAGGACUUCCGGAUCGGAAGAUUCACAAUCGAAUCGCUGUGACGGUGCAGCAUUUGCUUCGGUUUAUCCACAUUCAAGUCACAAAAAGCACAGAGAAACUGUCGAACGAUGACGCAAUGAAUGCGAAGAUCGAGAAGAUCCGAGAGGACCUGGCGAAGCAGCCGCUGACCGAUCUCUCUUCGCUUCCUUCUUAUCUAAUCGAGCUUUUUUCGAGUGAUGAUUUGAACGUGAUCAGUCAGUAUUGGAAGACGGAGUAUUCAAGUCGAAAAGAAGCUCUUGGUGAUAGUAGUGGGUUUGAUAAACUGCCCUGUAAGAACUAUGCGAAGUGGAUUACUCGAUUCACGGAUCGAUUGAUUUCGCUGUGUAUCUUGAAGGAUAAAGAAGAGUAUCCACAAUCCCGCUUUUCGACGUGCACUCUAGCGAAUCUGACGCUGGAAUCGACUCUGAAGCGAAAUGGAUCCACUGGAGAAAUCGAUAGUGAGAAUGCCAAGCCGCUGGAGGGUCGAGUUAUCUUUCUGUUUCGCUCUCUCCUUUCUCCAGAGUGUUCCGACAAAGUGAGCUAUCUCUUCGUUCACGCUCUGUCCUUUGCUCUCUUCUAUUUUUAUGGAAAGGGAGAAGCCAGCACAACGGAAAGCAUUUCAUCCACGACACCGCACUUAGAACAACAACAACAGCAACCUCCAUCCAAUCCGUUUUUCUCCAAACUCGCAGACUACAUCAACUCCAUUCUCGAUCAUUGCAAUGCUUCGAGUGACAACGAGAUGCAGCACUGCUGUAGUGAUUUGCUAGCGGGACUGGACACGCUUCAGUCCUGGGCAAUGACAUACGAAUACAGAGGAAAGACAGCGGAGAAUGUUUCAUGGAAGUCGAAGGGGAAGAUUCUGAACCAGUUCCUCGCAAUGAUCGAUCGUCGUCAGAUUAUUCGCGUGGCAAAACAACUCGGUCAGUAUGAACGAGCGAUCAAAGAGUUGGAAACGCUGAUUCGAUCGACGCAUGAGCUAACGACUUCGACAGCGCAGAAGCACAUCACGUCCGUGAUUGGUGAUUUGGACGCCAAUCUCCUCGAUGAGCUAUUCGUUCUCUAUUACAAACUGCAGAAUCAAGAUAUGGCGCGCGGCUACGAAACUCUACUCGAACGAGCGCAGAACGAGCGAUCGAUUUUCCACCAAGCUCGCGAUCUCGAGAUGAAAUCGCAGUGGCAAAUCGCAGCUCAGCAGUACUACGCUUCGCAGCUGUCGUCCUCUGAAACAGAAAUGCGCGAGGAAGCAGCGAGCGGAUAUUAUCGCUGCCUGCAAGCGGGAGGGAAUUGGCACGCAGCGCUCUUAAUGUCCGCCCCCUCAUCGUAUUCGCUCUCUCAGAAUUCCCAGCUUUUGUAUUGGAAAAUCGAAGCGUGCUGGAGAGAAAACGACUGGAACGGACUGCUUCGAAACCUGGAGGAGUUCGAAUGGUUGUGGCGAAAUCGACAUGAGAAGACGGGGAGCAGCGAGAAAUGGCUGUUUAGUGAUCGUCAAGAAGACGAGGGAUUGUAUGGAUUCAGCUAUUAUCUGGGGAAAAUGCUGCUGGCUGUGAAGGAAGAUCGGCAUCAGGAUUUGCAGGCUUGCAUUGAUCGAAGUCGCUUUUCGGUGGUGCGAACAUUAGCAUCGACUCCGAUGAGCACGAUUCAGAUGGCGUACGAUUCGCUGCUCCAUCUGCAUAUUAUACAGGAUAUUGCGUUCUCUAGCAGUCAUUCAGGAUGCGAAGUAGGAAUGCGUGGCGGAUUGGAUGCAUAG